GCACGACACCGGCAGGUGAUGACAAGGAGAUAUCAGACGCACUCGUAACUUCUUGCUACUUCUCGGCGGCGGACUCUGGCGCCAGAAUCCGAGCCGAAUCAACGUAUUCUAGUGAUGUGAUUGCGCGUGAUGACUUGGCAGAGAGUGCCAACUCAUCUGCUGAUGCUGUUUCCGAAGAGAUCCAGCUGUUGCUGCGGAACGCGGCUUUUCGGCGGUUCCAUGACCUCUUCGUGAGCUCAUAUCAUGAUUUGUACAUGGCAAAACCAAUUCUGAUCCAAGAACACGUAGCGGACGACCCGUGGAAAGUCCUGGUGGCCGUCGCGCUCCUGAACAAAACCGCAGGACGGCACGCCGUCCCGACCUUCUUCGACCUCACCGCGCGCUGGCCCACCGCACCCGCUCUCGCCCAAGCGAGCCCGGAUGCUCUAGAACGGCUCAUCACGCACCUCGGGCUCGGAAAGUCUCGCACGAAGCGCCUGAUAGCGCUAUCGCAGGCAUACGUGUCCGACCCCCCGCAGCCCGGCGCGCUGCGCCCUUCGCGGUGCUACGUGCAGGCCCGGAUGCUGUCCAGCGAGACGGGCCUUCUCGAGAAGGUCAGACAGCGCUAUCCACCUACAUGUGCGUCGCACCUUCCUGGAAGCGGGCCAUAUGCGCUGGACUCGUAUCGGAUAUUUUGCGGGCCUCCCGACGAGUGGAAGCGUGUCAUGCCGCACGAUAAGGAACUCGUAAAGUACAUUAAGUGGAAAUGGGCCGUAUCGGAGCUUCGCAGUUGGGAUAAGCUCGAUGGGCCCGGAGAAUCAGUUGGUAUAUCCUAUUUGCGGGAACUGACAGAUGAGCUGCAGACCUAAGUACCGCAUUCACCUCAUACGUAUCAUCGAUGUAAAGAUCCUGUGCAAU